AUGGACAAGGCAGAGAACCUCAAGAUACCCCCUUUAGUGGUGCCUGCCGCACAACAAAGUGCUGCAGGCGUCGCCGAUGAAAACACCGAGAUGCAAACAGCUUCACCCAGCGCGGCGAUAGCAACAGCUACAGCAACAGGUACAGGCACCGUCCGCCGCUCUCCUCUCCAUGGCAGACACUAUCCUUCUCUCCAUAACAACCUCUACAUCCCUCACCAGGCAAGCGUGCCAGACCCGACGCUGUUCUCCUUCUCCAGCCAGCCGGAAGACAAGUCCUCCGACGUCGAGAAACGCGAUAUACUGCGCCGGAAACACCAUAAGCACCAUAAAUCGCGGCAUGAGCGCGACGAGAAACACGCUCGAACCCAGAGUUUCCCUAUAGAGCAUGUGACGGAGAUGCCGUUCCAGCUGGGUAAGAAGAGAGCUCGCGCGGCUGCUGCGGAAGCCGAGGAGAAGGCGAGGGCGAGAGAGAGGGAGCGAGAAGAGGAAGCCCGUCGACUGAGAGAGGCGAAGGAGGCGAGGGAAGAGCUGGCUGGUCGGUUUCCGUUUGUUAAAAAGGAAGAGGUCCUCAAGAAGGCCGAUCUCGAGGAGUUACGCGAGAAGAGACUCAAGGAGGAACAGUACGUUUAUAUCUGGUCAAUGGUGCUUCAAUUUACUAAUAUAUAUAUGAGUAGAGCAAAUUCCGAUGCUCUCGGAGAUAUUACAGAUCAGUCGGCUUCCUUCUCCCAACGUCUCGACAAGGCAUGCUACAACCUUCUCGACAACGCAGCUGACAUCCGUACCUCCAUCCGCUCCGUCCAAGUGAUCACCAAUCGCACUGUUGAACGUCAUAGAGAUUUCGAUGUCCGCUCCUCCGCCAUGCUGCGCGAAGCCAAGGCACAGAUUAUGAAAUUCGACAACUUCAGCCGUCAGAUAAAGGGCAUCGACGCCUUGGAGGCACGAAUUAUAGCUGCCAGGAAGGAGGCGGCAGUGCUGGAUAAGAGAUUGGAAACUGCGCGUGGGAGAAUCAUGGCCUGGGACCGCGAGGAGGAUGAAUGGCAGGCUAAGAUCACGCGGCGUCUGAGGAUGUUGGCUGCGGCGGUUAUUCUGAUGUUCGUUGCUUGGGUGGGCAUGAAGAUCAUGGGCUGGUGGCAUCCGGAGCCUGUGUUUGAUAUUUUCCGUUCCAAGACGACUGCAGUGGCUGCUGUUCCGGGAGGGGCGGAUGCUGAAGUGUGUUCGCAGGGUGUCUCGCCGGACUGGAGCUGCUUGAAGUCUUCUCCUGGUACAGAGGCCGCUGUUGAGAUUGCAACUAAAGCUGUCGACCAUACAGCAUCCAGAUCUACUACCAUUGAGGCAGCUGGCUUGGAGGAGCCUUUGCAGCGGAUCAUCGACGAGCUCUGA